CUCGCUGAGCACCCGCAGUAUUCUGGCCGCUAUUGUGAGUGCUGUAGAGCCUGGAAGCCACUCCAUCCGGAAGAGAGGAGGAAUUCCUGAGAACGGCACCUUGCGACAAGCAGGACUUCCUUUCUGUCACGCGAGACGGAGUGUGGCAGUGCGGUGGGUGCGGCCGCUGCGGUGGCAUCACGGCCAGGGCGCUCCAGUCGGCCUUUCCUUCAUGUUCCAGGCGGCUGCCACCGCUCCAGCCUGCACAUACGCCAGGUCAAGGAAGGAAGAAAGGGAAGGAGGUGCAUGGGAGAAUGGACAAGACCUGUGAAAUGAACUACAAAGUGGUGGACAGCCCGCUGGGGGAGAUUGAGAUCUCUGCCUGUGAGCAGGGUGUGCAUGAGAUCAGGCUGCACGGCAGGAAGACCCCCGACGCCGGAGCCAUGGAGGCCCCCCCUCUUCCUGAGCUGCUCGGCUGUCCAGGGGAAAUGACGGCGCCCCUGAAGCAGUGCGUGGCCUGGCUGGAUGCCUAUUUCCAUGAGCCAGCGGCCCUCAAAGACCUCCCCUUGCCUGCGAUUCACCAUCCCGUUUUCCAGCGAGAUUCGUUCACCAGACAGGUGUUGUGGAAGCUGCUGAAGGUUGUCAGACUCGGAGAAACGGUUUCUUACCGGCAAUUAGCAGCCCUGGCAGGCAGGCCCCGAGCAGCGCGGGCAGUGGGCGGAGCGAUGAGGACCAAUCCUCCUGUCCAGAGCCUGGCAGGGGCCUGCUAGCACAUUCGAAACAGUUUCUCCCCGAAGCGGUGGGAACGUCUGCGACGGGAUAGAAGCGUGCCAUGCUGUCAGGAUGAGGAAACAGAACCAGCACAUCCUGGGGGAGGAGUUACUACAUCAGACAGACCUCCCUCCUUUGAAAAUGGCUGUAGCUUUGCUGUGUGUCCUCAAAAUUCUCUUCAUCCCCGUUGACCCGGGCGAGGCGGGCGUUCACACUCCCCAACCCGCCGCUCUUGCCAGUUGGCACCGACUGCCCUUGGUCAGAGCCCGGCAUCUCUAGGAGACGGCGAUCACCCAGCUUUCCGCACAACACGGCCUUGUUUGGUUUAAGCAGCAGCUCAUAGAGGAUUGCAGUGGAUCGCACUGUCUUGAUGCGUGUCUGAUCUGGAGAAGAGCUCUCUGCCUUGUUAAAAUCCGAUUGUCCGAGCAGCAAGUGAUGUGGACGACACAUCGCACCCAGCCCACAUCUCCCCAUCUGGAGUCCUCGGCGGCCGUGGCUGCUGAGCCCAGCGGGUGUCCUGUUGUGUUUUCGCUGCCACGUGUCCAGCUGCGUCUUCAGAGUCCACCCCCUCCACACCCUGUGGGUGCACACGCUGACCUUGCGCACAGGAUGACUCGGAAUCAGGUUUAUGAGCAUGAUUUUUUACACUUCUGACAAACUUCGACCCGCAUCGUUCCUCAGAAAGGCCACCGCCUUCUCCCAGGUUGUAUCUCCACGUUGAGCAGUUGGACCGUGCUCUGGAUAGAAAGACGGCUGGGACACCGUGGUAUCCGGGCUCCGUUACGCGCCUUGUGAGAAGGACGUCAGAAGCUGGCCAGGCUCUGCCUGUCCCGUCCCGUCCCCGCCUCCCCCCGCGGUCGUGGCAUCCUGUGGACAUCCUCCCUUUGUCCCAGAUCUUCAUCCGUGUUGCGGGCCCCAUUUCUGCUCUCCGUGCCCUGUGUGUAGAGUCGGUCACCCGCGCUGCUCACGGAGGCUUGACUUGACUCCCACCGUGUGACGCAGCAGGUGGGUGCCGCCGUCGCUGCCCCGGGCGUGGCUGCCGCCCGCCUCUGCUCCGAGAACAAGCGUUGCUAACGGACGGCACGCAUCCGUAGCCCCGCACCUGCCUUCUGUGUGAUGACAGCAGUUUCUCACUCUCUGAAAGGGACGUGCCGUCACUGUUCAGCGAUCACGCUCCUGGCAAUAUUCAGAAACAUUUAUUGUUCUGCAACCAGCAUGACUCUCUUCUCUUGCUAUUAAUCUCGAUGAACAUCUCUCUUCAACUGUGGCCUCAGUCACUGAAAUUUAUAAAAUAGGAUCUCCCAAGGCUUAAAUCUCUAAUGUCCGUAAAGUCAACGUAUUGACUUCCCCGCCUCGUGCCCAGGUCAAGAAUGGCAGCGACGACAUCAGGCAUGAGGACCGAGCAAGCGCCUGGUCCCUCCUCUUGGCGCUGUCCUGUGCCACGAGCAGCCAGGCACGAGCCAGGCCACGAGCCCUCGGGGCCUGGCCACGUGUCCCUCUGUUGUCGGGCGCCGCCGCACGUAACCCAUGCAGGGACCGUCCACGCGAGGCGGUUGUGGAGAUGCCGGCAGCUGCAGGGCGGAGCAGGGCUUCCAGGCCUGGUGCCGACACGCCACAGGUGCGCCUGCGAGAAAAACUUCGAAGGUGUAGCCAACUUCCGCUCAGCCUCCCAGGGAGCUCUGCGGUCCUCACGGGGUUCCCGUAAAGUUGAUCUAAAACCUCCUUGGAAUGGGCUGGGGCGUCCAAGAGGUGACCCAGGAACCUGCCACAACUGAUGUGGCUGCCCCACGUGGGUGCCCCCUUUCCUUGGCGCUGGCAGCACAAGGCCCAACGCGGAGCGCCACGCGUCAGCUCCAGCACCGACAGAGCAUCGCUGAGAGCUGCUCGUUGAAAAUCUCUCUCAGUUUAGGCUGAGUAGAGCAAUUGUACCUUUUGGGAAGGAGAGUAAAAAAAUGGGUUUGAAAUGUGGCAAAACACCACGGAGCUCAUUGUGCACUCGUUUCCUUAGGUGGCUUGCGAUAAACGCGAACACGAGCUGGCUCGUACUGCAGCCCUUGCUGCGGGGCGGGCUUCUCUUCCCCACCAGAGGAAGGGUUGCUUGCUGCCGUGUGGGGGUUUGGUCCCUUCCUAAGUGCUCGGUUUUCCAGGUUUUCCACAAAGGACUCACUAGCCCACGUAAGACGGUUCGGCAGCCUUCUGGAAGGUGCGCCCCCCCCCCCCCACUCAUUCACCACGGAGGAUGGUCAGCCUCCUGUAGGUGAGUCUGGAGACGCCUCGUGGCCCUCCCCCACAAGAGCACCCUUCCGCUCAUCCUCAGACAGAAUUUGCUAAAUGCAGUUCAAAGGCGAUCAAUACAUCGCACAGAGAGUUUCCCCACUUUUUUCUAAACAAACGCAUUCCUGAGGAGUUAGUUUAUUCACAGAUUGCCACGAGCGUUAAUGACCCCCCGAGUCUUGUUCUGCCAGUCACCCAGAUGGCUGUUGAUAAAGAUUUAGCAUCAUGUUCUAAGUGUCAGGGCUGUCAGUGGGGCUGAACCAUUUGACCAGAAGAAAAAAACGCACAGGGAGCUAUUGAUUACAGCUUCCCGGUGUCACUUGUUCACCAGGAUUUAGGUAUUGAUGAGGCCGCGAGUGAAAACAAGCCCUCUCCCUUGUGGGCUGCUACCACAAGAACAAAGGCGAAGUUGGAAAAAAUAUUCAGCCAGCACCAGAAUCAGAGGGAUUCCAUUAUUGAUUGAAAGGCCCCUUCGUGUUAUUUUUGUUGGAGACAAAUCUAUGGGUUUGGAAGUUUUAUAGCACUUGAGAAACAGUCUGUGUAAGUGAUGGAUUCAGUAUUGGAUGAAUUAGAUUUCACAGCGUGAAGAUUUCAAUGCAGCUGUGAUAUUAUGAGCUGCUUGGUUAUUGAUAAAAAUUACAUUUUAUGCAGUACAGGCUUUCAAGAAGAGGGUGUAGAGGGUAUGGAUCCUUUGAAAUGUCCAUAGGGCGCAAAUACAUUUUGGCGGCCUUGGUUAUUUUCGUCGUCUGAGAUCCGCCCCCCAUGUCAACACGGACAGAAGCGGUGCUCCCUGCCUCUUGUGUAAAAAUCGUGCGUCUUUGGCAAGCGACCCGCUGUCCCGCAGUUGCUGCCCAAGAUGAAGCCUGGCCGGGGCGGUGGCCGUCACUGCCUUUCCACGGGAGUAGGGCUGUGGUCUGUGGGACACGCGGAGCAGGGAGGAAAAUCAGAGCCCGCCCGUGAAGUCAGCGUUGGGUGGGGAAAUUGAAUCGGUACCUAAAAACAUCUGUGAAACUAGCUCGAAUCUUUAUCGGUCAGAACUUGAGUUUCACAUUGUUGUGUCCUCGAAGCAAUUAUUAAUGUGACUGUUUCUUGUAUUUGAUAAAAACCCUCAAUCAAAGUCAAUAUUCCAGACUUGAAAUGUUGUGAUUCUCCCCUCCAAGAUGACGGGGAUGGUUGGCUGCUUGCAGGACCGGGCGGCAGCGGGCGCUUUCCCGGUGUGUGAAAUGGCACAGACGGGAAGCCAGCUCUCCCCAGACCCGCCCCGACCCUGAGACUUGUCCUUAGAUCCCCUGAGACUGCAUGCGUUCCCAUGGCAACCCAAACUUGCAGUCAGAAUAGGGACUGGUUUGUGAUGCGGGAGAAGUUAGGUUCUCAGCAUCCGAGCCAGGUUACCCACAAGGCCAGCGAUCCCCCUCGGGCAGCUGGUGGAGAGGCCAUGUGCAGGCGCCGGGUUCCGCCCCCGCUGGGCUGGACUCCCCUCCUUGCCCCUAAACUGCCGUGGGAACUUGGGCAGGAAAUGUAACCCAAGGCUGACCGUGCCUGGCCUGAGGCUUGUUGGAGGCUGUGUGAUGUGCCACAGCGGGCACAGGCCACGUUCUCCCUGGUGGUGUCGUUGAGUGCUGGGUCCGGGGUGGGGCUGGGGACGUGCCCUCUGCCCAGAGACAGGUGUGGCUCGGGGCCUACUGGGGGGCACUCUAGGCGGGUUGUUUUGUGUGACGGGCUGAGGUGGGUGCACAGCCACAGGGCGGCUAGACGCCAUGAGAAGAGACCCCAGGUACGUGUGUUCAGCCACUUUCCUAGAAACUCAGCUGACUGGUGGCUGGUCGCUGGUCGCUUUGUGCAGUUCGGGUCUUUGGAGUUGGAGCUUGGGGAUAGGGGACGUGAAUCUUCUCUCUGUUGAGCUGCAGACUUAGUAGAGGGAUUCUGAGAAACUCACCCUUCAGGGCCCUGCAGGAGUGGCCGUUUUUCCUUGCAGGACAUUUGGAGCACGACAGCCACAUGUGACUGCACGGAGAGGGGCUGGGGACAGCAGGUCUGGGGCUUCAGGAGGUGAGGCAGGAUGGGAGCCAAGCGGUCCCUGGGUACCACCCGGCUCCCUUCCAGGGUGGGGUCCGCUGAGGGUCUGUCUCCAGAGCGGGGACAGUUCCUAUAGCUGUGCUGGCUGGCUGUUCAUGGAGCACUGCUGUGAUCUGCACAACAAUGAGAACCGUCACCCUAGCAUGUCCUGGGCCUUCCGUGACUGACCACCCACGUCCCUGCACCCCAGUCAAGACGCAGCCACUUAGGAAUGAGGGCUGUUUUACCCGGGACCCCUGAGAGGUUUGAACUCUGCUGAGAAUCCACCAGAUGUCCUGUCCUGGGAAGUCUUGGGUUCUGAGUAACUGCUUGUCGGGGCCUUUAAGCAAAAUGACCAUUCAUCCCCCAGAGCCCCCACUGUGGGAACACGGUGUGCCCCCUGCAGUUGGCAUGCUCUAAAUAGUGCCCACUGGCCACCAGGGAGGCGAGGUCAGCAACUUGAGACAGGCUCCUGUCCACUCUGGCUUUAAGGGGCCAUGAGUUCCUUCCCUUUCUUUUCCUCCUGUGUCCUGGGCCAGCUGUGUAGUGGAUAAAGGACAGCAGGGUAUUAGCUUUAUUCAAAUAAAAGCUCAACUCGAGAGGUGCUGUGGCCACAGUGGGCUUCCCAGGAAUUCUGGCUGGAAUGAGCCCCCCUUCCCUGUUAUCAGCCCCAGCAGAGGCAGGUGCUGACGACAUCUGUGCUGCAGGGCAGACAGGUCCCCUCGCAGGACCCCACCUGGUGCCGGGAAUUCCCGUGCCUUCACCCCAGGAUGGCUGGUCAGGGAGUCCUCCCCGCCUCAGGCCGGGGGUAAAGGAUGCAGUGGUGGGUCCCUUCUUCCGGUGGGUGUCCCACCCCAUGGAAAUCGAAAGCAGGGGCAAGGCGCACCGUGCCCACCCUCCACAGUGGACUCCGUCCUGAGAACAGACCCUGAGCAGGUCUGCCAGCGGACAUCCUUGGAGCUCCUGUCGGUGCAGCCCAGGCCAGUGGCGGGACGACCCAGGCGCUCCCCUGGGGACCGCUGCUGAAAGGGACCCCCCUACCCUUGGGGAGGAUAGAGGUCUUCUCUGCUGGGAGAAUUGACUACAGGGAGUGUGUUAGAUGGGAUUGUUGGCCUGCGUGUGGCUGCAGGAAUAACGAACCACCCAUGUGACCGUGGUCCCUACUCAAAUCCAGGACCUGUGAGCUCCGGUAUCCAGUUUGGGAUGUGGAGGACCAGACACCCAUGGGUCUGCCCUGUGCCGGCCCCGGGCAAGGGCAGAAGGACUGCAGGGCACGGGGGGAAGAGUCCUGUCCUUGGGGCAUCAGGGUGUGGUAGGGAGGCCUGCCUGCGAUGUGGGCCCACCUCCUCCGGGGCUGCAGGCCAGCCUGCCUUCCUCCGGGACUAGUAUCGCAGCAUGUCGAGCUGCCGGUAAGUUGGAUUGGCAGGGUUUGGCGAAGGCCCUGGGCGAGCAGAGCCCAGCCCUCACUUCCGCUUCCUGGUGUGUCCCAGUGAUGCACGGCACCCAGACAGCCGUCACCGUCCCUGGUCCUGGCAGUGGGUCCUUUCAACGGCGGGUUGGCUUCUCUUUGUAGGAUUGUAUUUGGAUUUUCAUCAUGAGGUGGUCUUGCUUUUAGUGAAGUCGUUGUGUUGAUUAAGCACCUGACUCCUCCGUCUGUCUCCAGAGGUGGGUGCACAGGGAGGCCCCAGCGCCCUGGGGAGGGCUGCGGGUGGGCACGGCCCUGGGUCUCGAGUCCUCAGGGAUGCUGUUGGCCAGCCUGUCCCAGUCCAGGUAUCCAGGGGCCAGAUGGUGGCAGCGGCUGCUCAGGUGAGAACAGACGAGGACUAGAGUUUCUCAGACUUCCAAGUAUCCCGGGAUUAAGGAAGGGAGACGCACUCCCAGUGCAAUGCAGAGCAUGAAGCAGGUCAGCAAACCUUCCCUAUGAAGGGCCUGGUAGUAAAUACUUUGUUCUGCAACAGCAGCCCCAGACAACAUGGCUGUGUUCCAAUAAAACUUUAUUUACAAAAGCAGGCAGGGACUGUGCCAGUUUGCCACAUUUUUCCAGUGCCUUGCGUGAGUAUGGUCUUCCCUGAAGGUUCCUGUCACUUCUCCAAAUGUUUGCGAAUUUUACCUACCGCCCCAUAACUUGGAAAUGUGAUUUUGAAAUUUGUAAGCAUAUGCCGCAAAUUACUUACCAAAGACCGUUCUCUCCUUGCGAACGUUGGUAUGAAGGGAUUCUCUGGAAAAUGCCGUUCAUUCGCCUUGGAGCGUCGUGUCCGUCCUCGGCCCGUGCCGAGACCCCCAGAGACCAAGGGGUGCACAGCGCCGAGGCGGCCAGCCGGGGGCCUGCACGUCACUGUGGUCAAGGGCCUUGCUCUGGAUGCCGAGAGACCUUGCGGGCCCCGAGCCCAGACUGACAGGGUCCCCUCU